ACGACAGCGUUACAAUCUAAGGCUCGCAACGUUAAGGAAACAAAACCCAAAAUCUCCGCUCCUUUUAAAUACCAUUGUCCAUCUUUGAGUUGAUCUUGAUUAGAUCCAAGAUAAAAGGAUGGGGCUGUCUUUUGCUAAGAUGUUCAGUCGGCUGUUUGCUAAAAAAGAGAUGCGAAUUCUUAUGGUGGGUCUUGAUGCUGCUGGUAAGACUACCAUCUUGUACAAGCUCAAGCUCGGAGAGAUUGUCACUACCAUUCCCACUAUCGGGUUUAAUGUGGAGACUGUGGAAUAUAAGAACAUUAGCUUCACUGUUUGGGAUGUUGGUGGUCAGGACAAGAUUCGACCUUUAUGGAGGCACUAUUUCCAAAAUACCCAGGGGCUAAUCUUUGUUGUUGAUAGCAAUGAUCGUGACCGUGUGGUUGAGGCCAGGGAUGAGCUUCACCGGAUGUUAAAUGAGGAUGAGCUGAGGGAUGCUGUGCUGCUUGUAUUUGCAAACAAGCAAGAUCUACCAAAUGCUAUGAAUGCUGCUGAGAUAACUGAUAAGCUUGGUCUUCACUCCCUCCGUCAGCGCCAUUGGUAUAUCCAAAGUACAUGUGCCACCUCCGGUGAAGGGCUGUACGAAGGACUGGACUGGCUCUCCAACAACAUAGCUAACAAGUGACAUCUCACGCAGCAAUCGUGGAGGCUAUUUUAUUUUAUGUUAUUGUAUUUUUUUCUUUUCCUUGUGACUUCUACAAGUAAAGAUCGAUAUUUUUAGUGAACUAGAUGUAGGCAUUUUGCCUGCCUUGUAGAGUGUUUUCAAGUAAUCUUUGUUCAAAGAGUUCAAAAAUUCAUUGUUGACGUGUCUAUGUUCCCCGUACAGCGGUACUUUUCAAUGGAUGAUCAUUGGUUGAUUCUUGUUA